AUCAACAAUCAAGAAGCCGGUGGCCGCAGUUUACGCUAGCGCUCGUGAAAGGUUGCAAGUGUGCCGUGCUGUGUUCCACCGUUACAAGCCAACAGACUGUUAUUAUUCAGUGCGCAUAACAUACCACGCGAAGGGGACAUUCCUAAGUCCCAAAAAUGGGGGGCACGAAGACCCUCAUAUUCCUCCAGCUGGUCUACAUCACCAGCUGCAUGGAACAGCUGGACAUCAUCUACGAAUGGAAACAGCUGGACUUCCAGUUCCUGACUCCCGAGGCUCGGCAGCAGGCCAUCGACAGCAAGAGCUUCAUACCAGAGAACAACAUACCCAUGGGCUUGGAGAUCUAUGGGGACAAGCUGUUCAUUACUGUGCCUAGAUGGAGGAGUGGUGUACCGGCCAGCUUGACCUAUGUAAACUUGAAAGAUAACUCGACAAAAUCACCAAAGCUGAUCCCCUACCCAAGCUGGGCGGCCCAUCAGAUAGGAUCGGAUGGAAAACCAGAAAUUGUCUCACCCUUCAGGAUUAGAGCCGACAAGUGCGGCCGCCUUUGGGUAUUGGACAAUGGGAAAAUUGGGAAUCUAGAGAACAACAAAACGAUAUUCCUUCCAUCCCUUAUAAUUUACGAUCUAAAGACAGAUACUCUCAUCAGAAAAUACGUUUUUCCCAAAGACCAAGUGAAAGAAGAGUCAGGUUUCGCUAACAUUGCUGUUGAAGAUACAGAUUGUGACAAAACUUUUGCUUACGCCGCUGAUUUGGGGAAACCGGGCAUCGUGGUUUACUCAUGGGAAAAGAAUGAAUCCUGGAGGAUAACUCAUCACUACUUCCACCCAGACCCUUUAGCUUGUGAUUUUAGCGUCAAAGGCCGUAAUUUCAGUUGGACAGAUGCCAUUUUCGGAAUAGGAUUGUCUGCCCCAAAUGCUGAUAACUUCAGCACUUUGUACUUCCAUCCGAUGGCCAGUUACAAUGAGUUCGCAGUUUCUACUGAAUACUUGAGGAACCAAUCAGUAGCUGAUGCUAAUUUCGAUGCUUUCAAAUUACUAGGAAGUAGGGGACCAAACGCUCAAUCAAGCGCUUCGUUUGUUGACCCAAAAACCGGGGUCCUGUUCUACUCUCUUGUAAAUCUAAACGCUGUCGCAUGUUGGAGGACGACCAACAAGGAAUACCUGAUGAAGAACCAAGGAAGAAUUUACAUGGAUGACGUGAAGAUGAUUUACCCCACUGAUAUUAAAGUAGAUUAUAAUGAAAGUCUAUGGGUUCUGUCGAAUAGAAUGCCGAUUUGGAUGUACGAUAAAUUGGACCCCAAUGACUUUAACUUCAGGGUUUUCUCUGCUCCAGUUUUGAAUGCAAUAAGUCACACAGCUUGUGACGUCACACCGAGAUCAGAUAUCUUAGAUAAGUUUAUAGAACCACCUGUUAGUUUAAAACAACAGUGCGUGAAAUGCUUUCAAGGAACCAACUGCCUCAAGACUGUCGUCAUUUUGCUGUGUGUUAUGCUGGUCGUUCAACAGAUCUCAUCAUGUAUUGAUAAGCUGAUCGACAAGCCAGUUACUACGUACACCCACUUCGACUACAACAAGACGAUCAGGUACCCAAGCGUCACCUUCUGCCGCGAGCCACCCUACAACGAGAAACAAUUAGAGAAAUACAACCUACACGCACAUCCUCGAUACUCCUCCCAAUGGAGAGAGUUCAACUUCUCCAGGAUCCCGCUGGAUGAGCUGUGGGAACAGAUUACGUACAAUCAGGAGGAUUACUUCGUUUCUUACGGCCUCGACAGACUGCCUGAGAAUGUGGAAAUAACCCCAGUGAUGGGCUUCGUCGGCGGCCGCUGCUACACCAUGUCGCCCAAAGUGCCGGGCAUGAAGGCGAAGGCCACGAGACAGUACGGCUACUCCGUCACCCUGCACCACUACGCCGCCGACCUGGACGCGCCCACGGGUGAACGGCUGCCAGGAUACCACGUUUACAUCCACUAUGGAAGGGAGCCAUACACAGAAGUUGAAGUGUACAACGGUGGUCUGGUGGAUUACCUGUACAUUAACACUGGGGAGAUGGUGAGCGUCAAGCUUACGGUGGACGAGUAUGUGAUGAUCAGCAGUGAAGAUGAUCCAUGCACUAAUGCGGUUAACUAUAGUGCUAACUCAUGUACAACACAAUAUGUGACAGAUCUUGUAACGAAGCUGGUCGGCUGUUCAGGUCCCUGGAUGAAGAGCAACUCACCGUAUUGCAGAACCUUCCCUGACAUGAGAUCUCUGAUGUCCAACUACACAAAUUUGAUCCAGAAUCACGAGUGCCAAAGCUGUCCUCGGUUCUGCCGCUCGCUGCUGUACAACGCGUUUGUGACGGACAGGCAACGGAACUACACCUGGGACGACCAGGACAUACACAGGCCCGUCGCGGCGGCGGACGCUAGUUUGGAGACCACUAUAUACCUCCACUUCAACAACAUGAUGGUGUCGGUGUACGAGGAGAAACACAACUAUGACUGGAAUUUAUUUGUGUCGGACCUUGGAGGAAGUGUCGGUUUCCUCUUAGGCCUCUCGGUGGUCGGACUGUUCAAUAUCAUCGGUUACAUCGGGGUUUACUUCAUCAGGCCUUUCAUUUGCAGUAAGAGCAAGAAGGUUACUGUCACCAACAAUAACAGUAACUCUGAUAGUGCAGCUACUAUUACUCCGAGCGAAUAUUUUACGAGAUAUGACCAGAGGAAGUAAAAUAUUCUUAAGCCA